AGGUCAGCUGAUCUUCCCGGGCUCUAUUUAAGGAGCAAGUUCGGAGUGUAAGAUCACUUCUAUUGAGUGUAAGCUUGAGCCAGAACUACUUGGGCAAUGAAUGCGUCCACCUUCCUUACAGGUCCUUUGCUGCUUCUGCAGCUUUGCGUCACGACAGUCCUCUCCUUUUUUGCCAGAUUAUUGGACAAAACUUUUUCCUGGACAGUGGGAGCCUGCGAGGGACCGGGCUCCGACCCAGAUGUCAACAAAGCCAGUCCAAAUGCUGUGACUCCAACCAGUGUAAACUACCAUUUUACACGCAAGUGUAACUACAAGUGUGGCUUUUGCUUCCACACAGCAAAAACGUCCUUUGUGCUGCCUCUGGAUGAAGCAAAGAGGGGCCUCAAACUCCUCAAGGAUUCCGGUAUGGAAAAGAUCAACUUUUCUGGAGGAGAACCAUUCUUGCAUGAAAAAGGAGACUUUCUUGGAAAGUUAGUCCAUUACUGCAAACAAGACUUGCAACUUCCAAGUGUUAGCAUCGUCAGCAAUGGAAGCAUGAUCAAAGAACAAUGGUUCCAGAAAUAUGGCGACCAUCUUGACAUCCUGGCCAUAUCGUGCGACAGUUUUGACGAAGCGACCAACCAGCUGAUUGGCCGAACUCAAGGCAGGAGGAGCCACCUGGACAAUCUCUACAAGAUCCAGAACUGGUGUCAGCAAUAUAAAGUGGCCUUUAAAAUCAAUUCGGUCAUCAACACCUUCAAUGUGGACGAGGACAUGACAGACUGUAUCAUUCAGCUCAACCCAGUGCGAUGGAAGGUGUUCCAGUGUCUGCUGAUUGAUGGUGAAAAUGCAGGAGAAGAAGCCCUGAGAGAAGCCGAGCGGUUCACCAUCAGUGAGCAGCAGUUUCAGGAUUUUUUGGACAGACACAGCAGCAUCUCAUGCCUGGUUCCAGAGUCCAAUGAGAAGAUGAGGAAUUCUUACUUGAUCUUGGAUGAAUAUAUGCGUUUCCUGGACUGUCGUGGGGGUCGAAAGGAACCAUCCAAGUCCAUCCUCGACGUUGGCGUGAGCGCAGCCAUCAGAUUUAGUGGAUUUGAUGAGAAAAUGUUUCUAAAAAGGGGAGGAAAGUAUGUGUGGAGUAAAGCUGAUAUGAAACUGGAGUGGUGAAGUUUUACCACUCAAACAACUGUAUAUAGUACGAGCAUUUUAUUAUUUUUUGUGUGCUUUCAAAUGCUUUUAGGUUUAUCACAGUCUUAAUUCUCUGCACUAUGUGGGUUCUUGCACUGCAAAGUAGGGUACUUGUUGAAACCAUAAUAAGGUGUAAUGGUAACAGAUUGAUGGUUUGAAACUUUAUCAUAGUGAACAGCACUUUUCCUCCAGGGCUGUGGAAUAAAGAUGAAAAUAUAAAGAAUAUAUUUUUGUACUUUACAUGUGUUGAAAUUCCAUGUUAAAAAGCAAUAAAAUUGAUGAGAAAAACGUU